UCGCAUCCCUCUGAAUAAUCCACAUCUAGGGCAAGCUGACUGAGAGGCGAUCCAGCGCUCAGCUCCUCUCUGCAGCCUGAGAAAAGAGACAGAGAGCAAAAGGCAACGAUUUUCAACGCAGGAGGAAAAAAAGAACGUGAGAUUUUUUUUUUGACACAUCAAGAAGAUACAGAAUCAACAAAGGAAAAUUUUCAUUUGCGGAUAUCAUUUAUUUAUACAUAUUGUUUAUAUAUCUAUAUAUAUUUGUACACACGCAUAUAGAUAUUUAUAUAUAUAAAUAUACAUUUAUCCUUGUACAUAUCUGUAUUUGUGCUCGUCUGUUUAUAUUAAUAUUUUUAUAUGUAUUUGUGUGUGUAAAUAUAUAUGAUAUAUAAACAAAAGAAUCUAUAUAUCUAUGAAUUUAUAUGCGUAUCACUGUGAACCAAGAGAAGCAAGAAGAAAUUUUUAUCAUCAGGGCUGGUCUCUGAUUGCGUGGUGGCAUACAAUAUCUUAAAUAUUUCCUUUGAUCUUCUACGUCAAGAGGACAAAGACUACGUGCCCAUUUUGUAUUUUUUGUUUUCCUGUUGCUGCUUCCCAUCCAUCUCAGUUUCAGCUUCUUUUUUUUUGUUCUCUACAUCCACGAGGAAUAAAGCAACCGGAUUUGACCAAAACAGAGAGUGAGAGAGAGAGAGAGAAAGAAAAAAGAAAAAAAAAACACGACAGAGGAUAAAAUCUGUACAAAUUCCUGUGAUUGGUGUUAUUUCCUUCGGCUCUAGCGCUCUGCGAGCCGAUCGCCGAGUGCCGUGUGAGAUCUGAGGAGGCAGCAGAGACCGAGUGCCACGCCGCUCAUCCCAGCGUCAGCCCAGCCAGCACAGCCAGCAUGCACAAACACCAUCACUGCUGCAAGUGCCCAGAAUGUUAUGAGGUGACCCGUAUGGCAGCUCUGCGCAGGAUGGACCCCCCAGCGUACGGAGGAGACUGGCAGGCCGAGCCCUAUGGAUACCCACCUGGGUACGGGGGAGGCCAGACCUUGCCCCCUCCAGCCUCAGGAGGGGGUGGAAGCAUGGGAGGAGGAGGCGGUGGGGGCGGAGGAGGAGGUGGUGGAGGUGGCACUUUGGGGAGAAGUAAGGGCAAGAUUAUGUCUGGUGGAGGCCCUGGAGGCCCCAACCCAAAGGGCCAGUCCAAGUGUGGCCCCAAAGUAAACGGCAACAACUCCAGUGGACAAGGAGGAUGGUGGCCUGAGUGCACCUGCACCAACCGGGAGUGGUACGACCAGGCCAACCCUCCCCCCAUCAUUGUCAACGCAGACUCACUAGAUGCAGGCCCUUAUGUAAACGGAAGCGACGGGAUGUUUAAAUAUGAGGAAAUCAUUUUAGAGAGGGGGAACUCCGGCCUGGGCUUCAGCAUUGCUGGAGGAAUAGACAAUCCCCACAUUCCCGAUGAUCCGGGGAUUUUCAUCACCAAGAUAAUCCCUGGAGGAGCAGCUGCUAUGGACGGACGGCUGGGGGUUAAUGACUGCGUGCUGCGUGUGAACGAGGUGGACGUCUCCGAGGUGGUUCACAGCCGAGCGGUGGAAGCCCUGAAGGAGGCGGGGCCUGUGGUGCGGCUGCUGGUCCGACGGAGGCAGGCCCCCCCAGAGACCAUCCUGGAGGUCAACCUGCUGAAGGGCCCCAAAGGACUGGGAUUCAGCAUUGCUGGGGGAAUUGGGAACCAGCAUAUUCCUGGAGACAAUAGCAUUUAUAUCACUAAGAUCAUAGAAGGAGGAGCUGCCCAGAAAGAUGGACGACUGCAGACUGGAGACCGACUGCUAGCUGUGAACAACAUCGUGCUGCAGGAUGUGCGUCAUGAGGAGGCGGUAGCUGCGCUGAAGAACACCUCUGAUAUGGUUUACCUCAAGGUGGCCAAGCCAGGACCCGUGCAUCUGAACGACAUGUACGCCCCUCCCGACUACUCCAGCAGCCUGGCCCUCCCUCCAGCCUUCCCCACCAUGGUGGACAACCACGUCAGCCACAGUUACAUGGGGGCGAUGGAGCCAAAGCCGGUUUAUCCACCGCCCCAGGUCACCCCGUCAAGGUACUCGCCCGUCCCCCGCCACAUGCUUGGGGAGGAAGACUUCACGAGCAGAGCUGAACCUAUUUACAGUGUCAUCCACAAACCUGGGGAUAGCAAGGCGCCCCAGGCCCACUACAGAGGCUUCUGUCCUUCCCCUGCUCCCCUGUGCCAAGGUCCACUCCCCUUCUCUGGCAGGGAGCCGAGGAAGGUGGUGUUGCACAAGGGCUCCACCGGAUUGGGCUUCAACAUCGUCGGCGGGGAGGAUGGAGAGGGGAUUUUUGUCUCCUUCAUCCUGGCUGGAGGGCCGGCUGACCUGAGCGGCGAGCUGCGGAGGGGCGACCGGAUCCUGUCGGUGAAUGGAGUGAACCUUAGGAACGCCACUCAUGAACAGGCAGCUGCAGCCCUGAAGAGAGCUGGACAGACUGUCACCAUCAUUGCUCAGUACAGGCCUGAAGAGUACAGUCGCUUUGAGUCGAAGAUCCACGACCUGAGGGAGCAGAUGAUGAACAGCAGCAUGAGCUCAGGAUCAGGGUCCCUGCGCACCAGCGAGAAGCGCUCCCUCUAUGUCAGAGCUCUCUUUGACUACGAUCGAGCACGAGACAGCUGCCUGCCCAGCCAAGGCCUGAGUUUCUCUUAUGGCGAUAUCCUUCAUGUCAUCAACGCUUCUGACGAUGAGUGGUGGCAGGCGAGGCUCGUCACUCCGCACGGAGAGAGCGAGCAGAUUGGGGUCAUUCCAAGCAAGAAAAGAGUGGAAAAGAAAGAGCGAGCCAGAUUAAAAACUGUCAAGUUCCACGCCAGGACAGGCAUGAUUGAGUCCAACAGGCAGCAAGUUAAAGUGAAGCGCAAAAAAAGCUUCAACCUCUCACGCAAGUUCCCGUUUUACAAGAGCAAGGAGAAUAUUGUGCAGGAGUUGGUGGAGACUGAACAAUGCCUGACAUCCAACACAAGUGACAGUGAAAGUAGUUCAAAGGGUCAAGAGGACACGAUCUUGUCCUAUGAGCCAGUCAUUCGGCAGGAAAUCCACUACACAAGGCCUGUGAUCAUUUUGGGCCCAAUGAAGGACAGAGUAAACGACGACCUCAUCUCCGAGUUUCCCCACAAGUUUGGCUCCUGCGUUCCCCAUACAACCCGUCCAAGGCGAGAGACCGAGAUCGACGGGCAGGACUACCACUUUGUGGGCUCAAGGGAGCAAAUGGAGAAAGAUAUUCAAGAUAAUAAAUUUAUUGAGGCCGGCCAGUUUAAUGAGAACCUCUACGGGACAAGCAUCUUGUCUGUCAGAACUGUGGCAGAGCGGGGGAAACACUGCAUUCUGGAUGUGUCUGGGAACGCCAUAAAACGACUGCAGCAAGCACAACUUUAUCCGAUCGCCAUCUUUAUAAAACCAAAAUCCGUUGAAGCUCUAAUGGAAAUGAAUAAGCGGCAGACGUACGAGCAGGCCAAUAAAGUCUUUGACAAGGCGGUUAAGCUGGAGCAAGACUUUGGAGAGUAUUUCACAGCUAUUGUACAGGGUGACUCGCUAGAGGAGAUCUACAACAAAAUCAAGCUAAUCAUCGAGGAGCAGUCCGGACCAUACAUCUGGAUUCCCUCCCCAGAGAAGCUCUGAGCUCCCGGCCGUCCAACCUGCAGCAGCGCAGAGCUCCCCUCCUGCCUCCCAGAGACCCCACCCACGUCCACAUGCCAACCCCUCUCCCCUGCUCCUCACCUCCUUUUUGCAGAUAUGUUUCAUAUCCAGUUUUAGUGUCAUCAUUAUGUUACUCUCUAAAUGAAAAAGAAGUCUUUAUCACCAUUACUGUGACUGUGCACACCCCUGCAUGAGUUUCUCAACAAAACCAUUCAAGACUGGAAUCGCCAUUCCAAAGGAAUUUGUCAAACGAAAGCAAAAAGGGAAAAGGAUUAACUUCCUUUUGUGGACUAGGAACUGCCUGGAGAUCGGGUUCAGGAAGGAGGAGUAGUGAUUCAAAACGAAGAAAUAUAGACAAAUCAUACCAAGUUGGAAUACUUUGUAAAUGUUCAUCAGAUCACAUUUAAAAAGACAAGACAAGAGGUUGAAGAACAAUUAGGGUUUUGUGUUUAGUUUUUUGGGUUUUUUUCUAAACGGACUGGAUCAAAUUUGAGCCCUGCUGAUGGUACUGUUCGACGAGUCGUCUCUUGUUCAGAGGAAAUUGGCGGAGGAGCCUAUUAAAAAAACAUAAAACAAAACUGGUGAUCUAUUUAUCACAAACCAGCUUGCUGUUUGGUCGUCUGGAAAGAUGGCGGAUCAAGAGGAAGAAACGUGUUGUGAAUCUACAUUUAUAUUAUAAGAUCACAAGAUAAAUCAUUAAGUCCUUCUGAGAUUUUACAGCAUAUUGAAAACUUCACAUUUUACACUUCGUUAGAACCGUCAUUCGGAGGGCUGUUUAGAUUUUUUCCUUUCUUUCUUGUGGGAUUUUUUAUUUUUUUUUAAUUCGAUUUUAUUUUUUGGCUUGUGGUUUUUAGCUGCUCUGUAAAGGACGGGGGUAGAGAAGUGUAACCGGGCUCUCUGCAAAACACCAAACUGCCUUACAUCUAAUACAAAUUCUGUUUUGUGACUACCUGUUGUCUGUGAGGGAGGCUGAAAGCAACCAAAGAGGGCGAGAUCUUUACAUUUUGUGCCCUCAAAGAGCCAGGAGGUCAGACGUUAAGUGCAAUAGAUCAAAAAUCAAGUCUUGCCUCCCUUUACUUCCUUUUCAAACCUUUUUUUUCCUGUUUUUUUGUGUGUAAUCAAACAAUUUGGCUUUUUCCGAUCCAGACAGGUAGAGCCUCCCGACUCAUGUUGAGCAGUAGACGACCCCAUUACACUCUCUGCCUUCCAGGACGAUUCACUUCUGAUUGGUCACAUGGUACUGUCCUAUCAGCUGCCGCUGUGUGUGGCGGCCUUAAAAACGGGUAGAACAAGACAAUAAUUGUAUUGGAUGUUCUAACAAUUAAAGAGUCAGUAUAACCUGUUUUUGAAUUGUCCCCCCUCUGCCAAAAUGAGAAAACACUAAAGUUGGGUUUGAGUAAAUCUUUUUAUGCUUUGUGUAUCUAUAAACCUUCUUGAUGCUGAACCACUGUGUUGAGCUCUUAGAGGUGAUGCCGGAUUACUAAAAGAGGGCCACUCCUGCUUCAUGUUUAAUUGGACAUCAUCGCCUUCUCUCCUGCAGGACUCGCAGCUCGACAUUGAAAACGAUCGAAACCGUGACCCAAGACCUCUGAACCCUCUCAGCCUUUUAGUUUUUUAUAUUUUAAUUCUUCUGCGUUUAACUCGACUGGAAGCCAGACGUCUGGGGAUCCCCCUUCUCUCUUUCUCUCUCUCUCUUUCUCCUGCUCACACAGCACCUGUACACCUGCGGGCGUUUUUUUUCCUAUCAGGUGUGCCCACCUGCCAGGCACCACUGCUUAACCAGCUGUCAUUACCUGUGUCAAAACCAGAGUUCAGGGAAUAACCGAAGGGAACAGAGCCAUUUAUAAACUGCUUGCAGACUGUUUCAAAACGGUGUGGUAGCUGAACAAUGUAAAUAAGCCCCUCCCCCACGCGUCCCCUCCUCACCUGUGCUUCAUGCAUGUGUGACUCGAACUCGGACAGACAGGUUUUAUAGACCGCAGACGUCAGGUAAGUAAAAGUCUGAGCUACUCCUGAGCUUCAAGCUCCGUUCGAAAAUGUGCUGCAACGUCAGUAUUUCUCAUGGGAACGGUUAGCUAGCGAGACGGGGAUCCAGUUCCCUGGAGUAGGGAACUGUCUACGUGGGAUUUCUUGUCUGGGUGUAUAGAUCCAAAAAAGAAGAUGUAAAAUAAAAGCAAUGCAGGCGGAACCCUCCAUCGUUAGACGCUUAAAGUCGGUCCUCUCUGGUGUUCAGCGGACAUCCAGCUGACUGUUAAUAACGUGUGUACUCAUACCUCAGUCAGCCGCGUCAAAGCCCAAAGAACUCAAUACCACUCCUAUUUCCAUUGAGGUUAACGGUACCUGAACGCAUCUGUGUGUAUAACUGGCCAGGGACGUUCUGAUGAGAGACAUGAUGCGUUUUAUUUUUAUUUUAUUUUAUUUUAUGGGGGAAAGGGGUCGGGGAGGGGGCUCAGGCUUUUCUUUUUCUUUUUGUUUGUACUUUUGGGGUGAUGAUAUGUUUCUGUUCUGGCACAUUGUGCAGUAAGUGCUUGCAAACAUGAACCCUUUGAUUGUACAGUAGUUUCCUUCCUGUCACUGCAGGUGGUACAGCCUAUCAGGACACUCGGCCUCAUGGUCUUCCCUGUCCUAGUCAUGAGGGAACGCGGUCCUGCAACUUUUUUUGUUUGGGUUUUAUUUUGGGACUUGACGAGAGUUUAUUUGUUUGAAAAUAAAAUAUGUGACUCAGUUA